GUCACCGGUUACCAUGGAGACCGCGCUGUUUACCUCCCAGUUCUGCAAGAGCUCCGGACUCCCGUGGGAAGGAGGCUCCCCUCCUGAGCUUGUGUAGUAGUUCUUUGUGGCGCAGAGGGCUUUGGAAACCUCAAAUGGCGAAAUUGCUACAGCAUCCACCCAAGUUCCUGCCCUCAGAGUGGCACAUUGCCAACAAGAACCAGUGCCAUAAAGCAGAGGCCCAAAGGUCCCGGUCUGAGCGCCUGGUGGCUGAAAGCCAGAGGCUUGUGGAUGAAAUUGAAAAGACCACAAGAAAAUCUCAAAGUGAUGUGAACAAGAAACUAGAGCAGAGACUCGAGGAAAUCAGAUUCUGGAAGAAGGAGUUAGAUGACAAACUUGAGCAGCUUGUGUUUGCGACCGAAGAUCUACUCAUCUAUCAGACCCGAUUGGAGAAAGCCCUGGAGAGCCUGAAGGAGCCCUUGCACAUCACUCAGACGUGCCUGGAGUACAGGGAGAAGCGAGUGGGCAUUGACUUGGUGCAUGAUGAGGUGGAGCAGGAGCUGAUAAAGGAGGCCAACAUCAUCCAGGGGGUGAUGGCCCUGCUGACCCGCACCUUGGAGGAGACGACUGAGCAGAUCAGGCUGAACCGCUCUGCCAAGUACAAUCUUGAAAAGGAUCUGAAGGACAAGUUUGUGGCCCUGACCAUCGACGACAUCUGCUUCGCACUCAACAACAACUCGCCAAACAUCCGAUAUUCUGAGAACGUCAUGCGGGUUGAGCCAAACUCUGUGAGUCUGGAAGACUGGCUGGACUUCUCCAACACCAACGUGGAGAAGGCUGACAAGCAGAGGAACAGCUCCCUGCUGCUGAAGGUGCUGGUGGACCGCGUCCUGUCGCAGACGGCCAGCGACCUGCACAAGCAGUGUGAUGUGGUGGACACGGCCUUCAGGAACGGGCUGAAGGAGACUAAGGGUGCUAGGGACAAGCUGGCUGAUCAUCUGGCCAAGGUCAUGGAAGAGGUUGCUUCCCAGGAGAAAAACGUGGCUGUUCUUGAAAAAGCCAUCCUUGAUCAAGAAGGGCCUGCUAAGGUGGCUCACACACGCCUGGAGACCAGGACACAUCGGCCUAACGUGGAGCUGUGUCGCGAUGUCGCGCAGUAUAGGCUGAGGAAGGAGGUUCAGGAGAUCACCCACAGCGUUGCAAGAUUGAAGGAAACAUUAGCCCAAGCUCAUACAGAGCUGAAAGGGCUGAAUCGCAGACAGCUCGCUCUGCAGGAGGAAAUCCAGGUCAAGGAGAACACCAUCUACAUCGACGAGGUGCUGUGUAUGCACCUGAGGAAGUCCAUCCCGCUGCGGGAUGGGGAUGACCACGGGGAGUGGGCCGGGGGCCUCCGUCUGGACGCUGUCUGCUAAACGUGGGGAUAGUUCAGAUUCUCA